CUGAGCUCCCUCUGUGUGAAUGUGAGCCAUCCGGAGAGCGAACAACCAAAUGAGUGUGUGUGAGAGAGUUGCUGCAUCUCUGCAUGUGUGUGAGAGAGUGAGAAGGUUGCAGUGUGUGAGUCGUGCUCUCACAGAGGAGCUAAUCCAGCCAGCACAGUUUUAGAGGCUCUGAAAGAGCACUCUCUCCUCUCCUCCUUUUCUCUCCCUCUUUUUCUGGACGACACUGAUUCAAAGGACUGCCAUUUGGACUAUCUAAACCCCCGGCACUUUCUGUACUGACCUGGCUUCACCUGUGUGUAAGACGAAAGGCAGAGGACUUAGCCCCUGGUUUGAGGGGCGCGUUGGAUGACUUCUACGGAUGAGGGCUUGGCCAGUGGAGUGUUGGGCCAGGGGGACCACCAUGGCUCCCCCCAAAUAAAGGACGGGCGUGUUGACAAAGCCCUUGCACAUCCGGUCAUCAUGUGCACGCGGGUGUCCCUUAACCCAGAGCCUGGGUGCCAUCUAUUCCCAGAGGGAGAGGAGGAAAGAGAGGUGGAGGGCAGAGAGAGGGCAGAGUUAGACAUGGACAGUGCUGUGGAGAGCAACCCGGGAUCAGAUGUCUCUGAAGGCGGGAGGAGCGGAGGAGACAAGGAGGAUGGACUGGGGGGACUUUUCUUUCCUGGUGACAAGUGCAGUCAGCUAAACCCAUCGGUGACCUCUGACCUGUCGACGCGUUCCUCUGCCUCUCUGAACGAGGAGCAGUUUGAGGACUACGGAGAGGGAGAGGACGUGGACUACACUCCCAGCAGCCCCUGCCCCGAGGACGAGACGCGCACCAACGGCUACUCUGACCUGGGCUCCUCUGUACCCUCCAGUGCUGGCCAGAGCCCCAGGAAGACACGCCACCUGUACAACAAUGAGAUGAUGGAUGUGUACUGUUCCCAGUGCUGUAAGAAGGUCAACCUACUCAACGACCUGGAGGCCAGGCUGAAGAACCUCAAAGCCAACAGCCCCAAUAGGAAAAUCUCCAGCACAGCCUUUGGCAGACAGCUCCUCCACACCAGUAACUUCAGCAGCAGCAACGGCAGCACAGAGGACCUGUUCCGAGACAGCAUUGACUCCUGUGACAUCGACAUCACUGAGAAGGUGAGUUACUUAGAGAAGAAGGUAGCAGAGUUGGAGAAUGACACGCUGAUGAACGGAGAUCUCAAGUCCAAGCUGAAGCAGGAGAACACACAGCUGGUUCACAGGGUCCACGAGUUGGAGGAGCAGUUGAAGGACCAGGAGGCGCGGGCAGAGCAGAACGCAGAGGAGGAGCAGAGACGACAUCGUGAGACCUACAGCAAGAUGGAGAGAGACAAGAACACUGAGCUAGAGCUGCUACACAACCGAGUCCAACAGCUAGAGGAGGAAAACGGGGAUAUAUCGGUGAACAUGUGCAGACUGAAGUCUCAGACAGAGAAACUGGACGAGGAGAAGCAGAGUAUGACAUACAAGCUGGAGGACACCAGUCUGAGACUGAAGGAUGAGAUGGACCUCUACAGGAAGAUGAUGGACAAGCUGAGGCAAAACAGACACGAGUUCCAGAAGGAGAGGGAGGCUAUGCAGGAGUUGAUUGAGGACCUUCGUCGGGAGCUGGAGCACCUGCAGCUGUUCAAGCUGGAGACAGAGAAGCCUGGCCGCGGCCGCAGCUCCUCCUCUGGGCUGACGGAGUUCAACGCCAAGACCAGAGAGAUGGAGCUGGAGCACGAGGUCAAGAGACUCAAACAGCGGUUUGUCUCGCAGGAUUUUCCUCUGACCUCUGACCUCCGCCACCUCGUAGUAUCCGCUGGGGCACGCCUCCGUCACGGUCAGACGGAGAACCUGAAACUGAGAGAACAGAACGACGACCUGAAUGGUCAGAUCCUCAGUCUGAGUCUGUAUGAGGCUAAGAACCUGUUCGCCACCCAGACCAAGGCCCAGUCGCUGGCUGCCGAGAUAGACAACGCCUCACGUGACGACUUGAUGGAGGCCCUCAAGGAGCAGGAGGAGAUCAACUUCCGCCUGCGGCAGUACAUGGACAAGAUCAUUUUGUCUAUCCUGGACCACAACCCCUCCAUCUUGGAGAUCAAGACCAACUAGAACCCCCCUACUAGAAACCCACUACUAGAACCCCCACCAGGAAUGGGGAAUUGGAAAGGGAAAGGAAGACUAGCCACUCUGGGGCCUGGGACAGCUAGACAUCAUUGCCCCCUGCUGCCUCAGGAGUGGAACUGUGAACUUGGGUGUAUUCAUUAGGCACAAAACAGACAAACUGGGAUGUACUACUGGGACUUGUCCAAUUAGAAACACUUGUUUUUGUGUUCUGUUGCGAAACGUUUUGUUACGGUGUGGCCUAAUGAAUACGACCCUGUUUUCUCUCAGCGACUGGAGCUUUAGUGGAUUUUCUGUGUUGACUACUAAAGGGAGUUUUGGUACUUACUUCUGUUCUAUUCUGUGACUCAUCAACAGAUGUUGGUAUCUCCCUCAUACUCCUUCAUGCACUUUCUUCUAUGUUCUCAAUUGUUUCCUCACAGCCUCAUCUUUAGUCUAAAACACAAUCGAGAUGAAUUAUUACUGGGAAAAAGAAUUAUACUGGGCAGGUGCUUUGAAUAUGUAGGGCAUUACUGGUUGUUGAACACUGGAUAUACGUCCUCUAGUGGUGUAUGUAGAAACAAUGUGAUCAAAAACCUAUUCAUCUGCAACAGCGUGUGUUGUAGUCAUUGGGGAAUAAAGGAACAGAGAGAGACUGGCAGAUAGCCACACAGAGAUCUUUAGCUUCCAGACAACCCUGUCCCCACUGUUUCCUUAAAGUUGAUCUGUGUUUGAUCGCUGAAGACCGGUAUGUGGGUAGAGGCACGUUGAUGAAGAAAGUAAAGCAGCACGUGUUUCUGUGAGUAAGAAGAGUGACAGAAAGAGAUGAAAAGAGGGAGAGAAGGAGCGAGAAAAUAUUGUACAAGCAUCUCCAUGUGAAAAGAUAUUGGCGUUGACUGAAGGAGAUAUCAGUCAUGUGAAGUGAUAAUGAGAGGCAGCAGAACUUGGUGUGAUGGAAUGCUUUCAGGAGGAUGGAAUGGCUUAGUGAAGUCAAAGAAGGAACAGGUGAAGUGUAUCGGUCAGUACAGUACAGAGGAAGACAAGAGAAUAAUGCCUUCCUAGGGAACUCUGAGAUGACGGUACAGUAUGAUCUGUGUAGAGUAAUACUGUAUGAUAAAUCCAUAUAGUAAAUUCUUAACUCACACAGUGAGUUGUUAAUUGACUGGUUGAGAAUUUCAGGAUGUCAAUUCCUCUUAAUCAUGGGUUCCCAUUAAUUAUUUUCUACUCAGACAUUCUGUAGUAAGUCUGUCUAAAUAAGUUGGUUAGACCUGGGAUAUCUGCUAUGAAGGAUGUCCCAUUGCAUUAAGCUGCUAUAGCUACCCACACAAAGAAAACUAUAGUAUGCUAUGGAAUAAAUACUAUAGUAUUCACUGUAGUGUUUUUGCUGCCUUCUUUGCUGACUUACGGAGUCCGCAAAAACACUGCAGCGAAUACUGUAGCAUUUAUUGUAGUAUUUACUGUAGUAUACUGUAUUAUACUGUAGUAUUUACAGUUAACUAAAGUAUAAAUACUGUAAUAAUAGAAAACUGUAGUUACUAUAGUAAUAAUGUAUUGUUUUUGCGGUUUGUAGUAUUUACUGUAGUGUUUUUUAUGUGGGUAUUAUUCAUUUAGCCUAUAUGCUUUAUAUUUCUGUGUCGGACACUGCCACUCCACUCUCCCUAUAUCCAUACUGAACUAGAGACAAACCCUGCCAGCACACAGGGCUGUCAAGUCAACAGCAUAACAAUGUACAAGCACACGAAUGUAACCCAAUGGAUGUGAAUGUACAGAAUGCUUAAUGCAUUCUGCAUAGAGAUAGAUACAGUAUUUAUCUCUAUGUUAUUCCACAUCUCAAUGUGUUUUAUGAAUUUCCUCUGGGUGUUAAGCCAUGUCAGUGUGCCUCAUUGAAUCAUCCCUAUCAUCUCUAUAUAAGAUACUGUAGUAUACUGCAGUAUAUUCAUCAGAAGUUCCCUUACUGUAGACUAGAGUUUGGUACUAAUAAGACUGGAAUAGCAAUCAUACUGGAGUCUAUACAGAGUAUAUGGGUAGUGUUUGCCCUUUGGCUAGUAUACUGUAAAUAUCAUGAAUGUCUCACAUAGCUAACAUUGUCUCUGUUAAAACCUAAUGGGUUUUUGUGUACAAAUCAACAUUUUGUUGAGACAGUUUUCAAAUGUCAUACAGUAGGCCUUUGCUGUACUACUGUAUUCGAGAGGACAUUGAUAGGCAAAGGGGAUAACCUGCUGUAAAUUAAAUUGCUCUAAACGUACAUUUUGCUUCCUUGCACAAAAAUAUGUAGUCUUUUCUUCUUUUUGCAUGUUCUCACAUUUUCUGGUAUUCGUGCCUUUAAAACACAGUUAUCUAUUGUUAUUUUUCUUAAUAUAGCUGUGUUGUUUAGACAACGUAAUAAUUAAUAUUUUUACUGUUGCUUUAAAAUCUGUGUCUGAACGAUGUUCAUGACUUGUAAAUGUUGUACAGGAUUUGUAUUGUGCCACUCACCACACUUUUACAGAUGAGACCACAAAAAUACUAUUUUAUACAGUUCUAUCAGGAAAUGGCCAGGUAAUCAACUCUAGUUUAUAAAACUUAUUUUGUAUUUUUUUUACCCCUUUUUCUCCCCAAUUGGUAGUUACAGUCUUGUCUCAUUGCUGUAACUCCCGUACGGACUCGGGAGAGGCAAAGAUCGAGAGCCGACUGGCUCCGAAACAUGACCCUGCCAAGCCGCACUGCUUCUUGACACACUGCUUGCUUAACCCGGAAGCCAGCCGCACCAAUGUGUUGUAGGAAACACUGUACAACUGGCGACCAAAGUCAGUGUGUAUGCCCCCGGCCCGCCACAGGAGUAGCUGGAGCGCGAUGUGACAAGGACAACCCGGCUGGCCAUACCCUCCCCUAACCCAGACGAACCUCGGCCAAUUGUGUGCCACCUCAUGGGUCACCCGUUCACGUCCGGCUGCGACACAGCCUGGGAUGGAACCCGGGUCUGUAGUGAUGCCUCAAGCACUGCGAUGCGAUGCAGUGCCUUAGACCGCUACACCACUUGGGAGGCACAGCACAAGGUUUUUUAUUUAAAAACAGAUGAGCAUUGGGGGAAUAUUUAGGUUAACACAGAAACAGAAAAAAACGAUCUAUGAAUGCAGUGUCCAUUGCUUUUCAGGUUGCUUUGGUUUCUGUGUCCUUUCAAAGUAUGUUAAUAUGGUUUCCCCCUGUCUUCCUAUACACUAAAUAAACUGGUGAGCAAUAUUACUUUUCUCUAUACCAUACCAACCUGGCACUACAAGGUUUACUUCUACAACCUUGAAAGAUUCACUAAACACAAUUUUAAAUGAAAUUGAGAUAAAUUGAGAAAUGUCUUCAAAUUGAGCGUUGACUUCGUCCUCAUGUAGAAGCCCUCCUAUCGUUUGAGGAUAUGUUGAUCACUGGCAUCCCAUUUCAGACAGUGCAACAGCCAAUCACCUGUUGAGCACUGUCACAAAGUUUCACUUGCAAUGUUUUAAAUAAACUCAAACGUUUCCCAUUUGUUAGCUCCUAAAUACUUCCUAACACAAUGAAAGAUGUAGUCUCCUAUUCUUCAAGAUAUUGAGAGGUUGGAUUUUAAAGUGCACAGGGGGUGGCAUUGUGGCAAUAAGAAUGGCUUGAGAUUGUGAUAUCUUGUUAUUUUCUGUUACCUUGUUUCUGUCGUCCAAUUUCUCUACCACAUACCAUUGUUACGCAUACAUUGAAGCACUGUACUGUGUGUGGCUGUAAUUAGGCUACUACUUAUGAUAUGAGGUCUUAUCUGCAAUUGUGAUGUACAAACAACUUUAAACUGUAAAUAAAGAGAUUUGCCCUAGCAUGA